AAAACUUUUUUUCAGUGAGGGGAGGGGAGACGAUAGAAGUUGGACAAGAAGGAUUCCUAGGCACUAACUUUUCCCUUCCCCCGUUACAAGGACUUGGGGGAAAGUGCUGCAGAGCGAAAAAGUGGAUUGUACAAAAAAGAAAGAAAGGGGGAAAAAAAGCAAAACGGUUUCAGAUUCCGGACGCAUCGGCUUUUCUGUGGAUUAAUGUUUUCGUUAUUGAGUGGAUUUAUCGAUUGCUUGUAGGUAGGAGUUGAGGGAAGGAGCCAUGAGGAUCAUCUUGUGCUCCGUUGUGUUGCUGACCAUCUGGUCAGGUCAUGGAGUUCGACUGGAGACUGCUGAAGGUGAGACAUGUCCAUCUCUACAGGUCGAAGACUGGAAAUUUCCUCAGACAGCCAGACACAACAUCACAGGUUUCAAUCUGGUGCGGCGCUUUUCCCUGAUGAAGAACAGUGAUGUGAAGAAGAUACGUAACCAGCGAGGGCCCGUCAUCUUACGCCUUGGAAAAGUUCGCCUCAUCCAGCCCACCGAUCAAGUCUUUCCACAUGGACUGCCUGAGGAGUUCACGCUGGUCUUCACCCUGCUUUUGAAGGCCAAGGCUCUGAGGGAUACCAUCUACCUUUUCCAGAUAUCUGAUGAGCAAGGGUACCCACAGAUCUCGCUGGACCUGAACGGGCCAGAGGGCACUCUGGCACUGCGGACAUCCUCUGCAGAUCAGGAUGCCUCGGCAGCAGGGUGUGUGUUCAACGGAGAAGGUGUGGAGUCUCUAAUGGACCUGCGCUGGCACAAAGUAGCUCUGAGUGUACAGAAGAACGCAGCAUCGCUUCACGUAGAUUGCAGCUCUAUUGAGACGAAGCCAUUGGAGCCUCGGGGCCGUGUCCCAGUUACUGGACACACGCUGUUGUUUAUUAGGGCCAGCAAUGCUGCUCCUGUCGAGAUGGACAUUCAGCAGGUGGCGGUGUAUUGCGACCCGUCUUUGGCCAUCCAGGAAGCGUGCUGUGAAAUUCCCGGAGCUCGGUGCCCCCCAGAUGCCCCGAAGAGCCGUCGAGCAGCAGAGAACCUGGUGGAGAUUCUCCCCAACCCUUUCAGCCAGCCAAUCCACGGACCAAAAGACCUGGCGGAAAAAUGCGCAGGCUGCGUGUUGAUCACUCAGGAUCAAAAUCUCGUCCAGGAAGGGGAUGCGGGUCAGCGUGGCCUGAAAGGAGAAAAAGGAGAGCGGGGUCUGGACUGCACCGGAGCUGGAGUUCCCGGUCGAUGUCCAGAAGGAGGGAAGGGGGAGAAAGGAGAGAAAGGAGAGCCGGGUCUGUCUGGAAACUGGGAGGCGGCUUUAGGAAUUAAGGGAGAUAAAGGACAGAAGGGUGAGGUCGGAUCCCAGGGUCUCACCGGAAGUCCAGGGAAAGAUGGUCGUGCUGGAUCUAUUUGCGUUGUGGGUCCUAAAGGGCAGAAGGGAAACACAGGUUCUGUUGGUCCAGAGGGGCUUGCAGGAGAACCAGGCCUACCAGGACUUCCCGGACCUCCUGGCACUGGCAUACCAGGAAAACCUGGGAGCCCUGGCCUACCUGGAUCAAAGGGAGACAAAGGGGAUGCUGGGAUACCUGGGAAGGAUGGAAUGACAGGUGAUCCGGGUCCAAGAGGUCCAGGUGGCUCCAAAGGUGAAAAGGGUGACCCAUGUGAAGUUUGUCCAGUGCUGCCGAAGGAUUUGAGCGAAACCACAAUCCUUCAGGGGAAGCCUGGUCCCAAAGGAGAACCCGGAGCACCAGGCAUGGGAGACCAGGGUUUGCCUGGAUCUCCAGGGGAAAACGGAAUACCAGGAGAAAAGGGAGAGCGAGGCUUAGGAGGGGCCAAAGGGGAGAAGGGUGAGCCGUGUGCUAUGUGCCCCACGAAUGGUGUUUUGAGCCAUCAGAGGCAGCAGGAAAAAGGGAAGCCAGGAGAGAAGGGAGAGCAGGGAGCACCAGGUCCAAUUGGUCUGUCUGGACUCAAAGGGGAAAAGGGUGACGCAGGAAGCAAAGGCGCUGAGGGGAAAAUUGGAAAGACUGGUCCGAGAGGUCUGAGUGGCAAGGAAGGAUCGAAAGGAGAAAAGGGAGAUGGUGGUGAGUCUGGUUUACCCGGAGUCAAAGGUGAAAAGGGAGACUCGUGUGGGGUGUGUUCAGAUACCCUGUCUGAAGUAAAAGGAGGGAAGAUCAUGAUUAAGGUGCCGGGAGAGCAGGGACCUCAAGGCCCUCAAGGACUGAAAGGAGAUAAAGGUGAUCAGGGUUUACAGGGAAAGCAGGGACUGGAUGGAUCACCAGGGUCUGCGGGACCAGCAGGAAAACCCGGGAGAGAAGGAGUCAAAGGACAGAAGGGCGACGCCUGUGACAGCUGUCCGACACUUCCUGUGGAUUUGGGUGAUGUCGUGGGCUUACCUGGACCCAAGGGAGAGAAAGGAGAAGCAGGUGAUCCAGGCGUGGGGAUGAAAGGUGAACAAGGACCGAGAGGUAUUCCUGGACCUGCUGGUCCAGUAGGACCACAGGGACCUUCUGGGAUUAGAGGAGCAGUUGGAGAAAAGGGUCCGAAAGGAGAAAUGGGACCCGAGGGUCCUCAGGGGCCGAUCAGCGUCGGCAUAACAGGACCUCCGGGAAGAGACGGUAUUCCUGGCCCUCAAGGAAUCCCAGGAGCAGAUGGGAGACCGGGAGCCAUCGGACCUAGGGGUGACAAGGGAGAACCAGGAGAGUGCAACUGUGUGCCGUAUACGAAUCCACAACCUGGAAGACCUGGUGUCCCUGGUGGUGUUGUCCCAUUCCCACCACAGCCUGGUCCUCAGGGGCCACCAGGACCUCCAGGCCCCCCAGGACCUCCAGGACCCCAAGGAUUUACAGGGUUCCCAGGCCCACAGGGUCUCCCUGGCAAUGAUGGCAUACCAGGGAAACCGGGUCCGCCCGGCCAAAUUCCAGUAGAAACUGAACCUUCCAUUGACAAAAAGACGGACUGUAGCGACUGUUCUAAAGGCCUGCCAGGCGUGCCCGGUGUACCUGACACUAAGCCUGAUAAGAGAGAUCAUGGCAAGCCUGGUGUUAUUUCUUUAGAUGGAUGUGAGAAGUGUCGCGAGAGGCUGCAGGAAGAGGAACCACAGAGGCCUCAUACCAACAACAGCCCUUGCCCAGGUAUACCAGGGUCACCGGGCAUCCCAGGGCAACCCGGGAUAAAAGGAGAUCCGGGGGACAGGGGUGAGCGGGGUCCAUCUGGUCUUCCUGGAACCCCAGGUAAUAUUGGAUUCCCUGGUCCUCAAGGCUCCCCUGGACUCCCGGGUCAGCAAGGUGAAAGAGGACCUCAAGGACUUCCGGGACUGAAAGGAGAACAGGGUCCAUCUGGAACUCCUGGAUACCCAGGAACCAUGGGACCACCUGGACUUCCAGGACUUAAAGGAGAACGAGGAAACCCAGGCUCCUCAGGACAGAAAGGAGAAUCAGGCCCACCAGGAUUUCCAGGUCAUCAGGGACCACAAGGCCUCGCUGGUCCCAAAGGAGAAGUGGGAGUGACAGGACCCAUGGGAGCGAAGGGAGAUCAGGGUUUUCCAGGACCGCCGGGAUUCCCAGGACAACAGGGAGCUCCAGGAAUCCCAGGAAAAAUCGGUCCUGCUGGACCACCAGGACCAAAGGCAGAUCAAGGGAGUCCAGGACUUCAGGGUCAACAGGGACCUACAGGCCCUCCAGGAUCCCCUGGAGCACCAGGAUUGCAGGGUGCACCUGGGAUGGAUGGCCUUGAUGGGAAAGAUGGAAAACCGGGACUGAGGGGUGAUCCGGGUAUACCUGGCCCUAUUGGCCCCAGGGGAAUCCCGGGAUUCAAAGGCAUAAAAGGACACACAGGCCUUCCAGGACUAAAAGGAGAUAUCGGACCUCAAGGCCCACCUGGAGCAGCAGGUAGACCAGGACUUGAGGGUGACCCUGGUCCACCAGGACCACAUGGACCACCUGGUGCUCCAGGACAUCUGGGUUCUGCAGGUCCCCCAGGUCCACCAGGACCAGCUGGAGCUCCCGGCACGGGUAUUCAAGGUGACAAGGGGGAGGCCGGAGAAAGAGGGCUGCCAGGAAUGCCUGGGCCUCCAGGGGCCCCUGGGCAUCCAGGACAGAUGGGAGAACCAGGCAGUGAUGGUGCAGCAGGGAAAGAUGGAGCACCAGGUCUGCCUGGAGAAUCUGGUACACAUGGACAGAAGGGUGAGGCAGGGACUCCAGGCCAGAGGGGUCCUCCAGGAGAACGUGGUCGUCCUGGACCCCCUGGAGGAGCAGCAUACCAAUCUAAAGACUCUGGAUUAGGACUAAUGGGACCUUCUGGUCCCCGUGGAGAGAGAGGAAGCCCUGGAGCACCUGGACAAUCUGGACCUGCUGGACCACCAGGAAUGCCAGGAAACGAUGCUGUUGUCAACUAUGAUGAGAUCAGGUCUUUCAUCAGACAGCAGGUUAUCAAGAUCUUUGAUGAGCGAAUGGCUUAUUACAUGUCACGCAUGCAGAUGCCAGUAGAAAUGGUAGCAUCCCCAGGCAGACCUGGACCCCCAGGCAAAGACGGCACUCCAGGAAGAGCAGGAGCUCCAGGGGUUCCAGGCCGUCCGGGACAGAUCGGGCGAGAGGGUAGACAAGGACCUGUGGGCCCUCAGGGUCCUCCAGGUAUCAAGGGAGAUAAAGGAGAUAAAGGUGUGGGAGAGAUGGGAGACAGCGGACCCCCUGGGGCUCCAGGUGUUCCUGGACCCCCCGGUUAUGGUAAAAUGGGACCACCAGGUCCCACAGGUCAACAGGGCAUCCCUGGAAUCCCAGGACCACCAGGACCAACUGGAUCAAAGGGUAAAGAUGGCCGUUGCCAUCCCUCUGACUGCAUGAGUGGACCUGUGGAUUACAGCCCUAAGGGCCCACAAAUGAAAGGGCCAAUGUACUAGAGAGUGUAUGAGAGUGAGGGGGAAAAGGGAGGGUAAGAAAUUAAGAAAGGGGGGGGAAGACAAGAGCCAAAGAUUAACAAUACCAAAUCUGCCUGCUAUAUGCCUUUAAUGUGAUCCAUGGAGUUAAAGGGCAUUCCUGUCAAUAUAAUCAUGGCUGGGCCAGAUUGGUCUAUAAGCUAUUUUUUAAAAGGUACCCCAAAAUUUUCCCUGCAACUUCAAGUGCUAAUGCUAGUGAAGCCUCUCUCUCAGAUUUCAACUUUCUCUUUAACGAAGCUGAAUGAAAACUCUCGGAUUUAAGGACCCUGAGCACAAAGAGCUUUCCUUACUGGACUAUCACUACUUUGAACAUACGAUCUGUGCUUCAUUGGCCGUGAUGGUGUUGUCUCUUUAAAGUUCAGCCAUUAAGCUGGUUUCACACUGUUCACAGAAAAUUCACAGCUGUGAUUUUAAACACAUUCUCUUCGAUGCGGUGCGCCCAAGAUCAUCUAAAGUUCAAAUGCUUUCAACUUUUGCGUGACACUUUGCUGGGCACGGCCAUUAGCGGGCCAGGAGGCAUGGUAUUUUGCUCAGAGAAAGAUGGAAGAACUAAUAAAAUUUCUUCUUCCUUCUCUCCAGAGAGCUGCAUCCACUUUUGUGCCCAACCCAGCACAACACUAUCCAUUUGUCACAACUGCAUCCACCAGCACACAUCACAGUGUGAAACCAGCUUGAUUCUUUGCCAAUGUUUACUUUUUUUGCUUCAUCUUUUAGUACCGAAAUGCUUCUGCAAAUCAUGUUCCAUUAUUGUUUUCUUGGGUUUUCAUGGCAGCUGAUGAAUAUUCCGCUUUUUCUUUUUUUUUUAUCACUCUAAUGCCCCAAACUGACGUUGAGAAAGAAAUGAUUUGAACCGGAUUUGAAAUUGCCAUUCUCCAUUCUCCUAGCAUCAUGAUGUAGCUUGAUGUAAAGGUGCAAAUGAGGUAUAAUUAUUCCUGUUUCCUAUGAGGCCUUGUGUUGUACAUAUUUAUAUUUAUAUGUAAUGGCUUUUUCUGAUACAUUUUUAACAGAUUGGCAUGUCAGCGUUUCAGUCCUUCUUUUUGCAUUGUCAUCUCAGAUAAUGUGGUAUUUGUAAUAGCACUGCAGAAAUAGAUUUUUGUAAAUUGGUUGAAUUUAUAUAAAUCGAAGUUGAUAAUAACUCGGAUGUCAGAGACCAUCAUAUUUAUUUGAGUUUUUAUGUCGGGUGUCUUUCUUCGACCUUAUACAUCGACACAUUCGAGACCUCUGCCACUCUAUAUAUCUUUUAAACUUGAAUGUUUUUUUGUUGUUAUAGUCAUCCACUUUCAGGUAAAACUUAACGUUCCGUCUGGAUAGAGAUUCAUUUGCUUUUGACACGCGCUCAUCAUCUAGGAUUCCCUUUGCUCCUCGUCCAUCGUGAGAAAGCCACAUGCUUCAACCAUCAUCCACAGUUUCGAGUUUUCAUCCCAUAAUCUAAAAGCUUUUCUGAUCCCAUGCCAUUCAGCGUGCUGCUGUGUCAGCCAGGCUCCGACAAGAUCCAUUAACCAUCAGCACUUUAUCCUCUCUGUCAGGCCUGUGUGUGUUUCUGUACUUCUGUACUUGUAUAUAUGUGGCUGUCAGAUGACUUCACAUAUGUAUUUAAAUUACUAAAGUAGACAUUUAUCAGGAUUAUUGAGCUUUUCCUCUCUUAAAUAUGGAAAGUUAUGUGGUCUGUUUUAUUUUUGAAUGGAAAACUCAAUCUCAUGUGUGUGUGAGUCAAGGUCGGUCCUUACAAGUACAGCAAUACAGGAAUGUGUGUGUGUGGGAGAGAGAGAGUGUAUGGUUUGUCAGAUUUUCUCUGACCUGGUGCUACCUAAAGAUGCACUAUGUGAGAAUAAAAUUUCAUAGAUUUGUUUCCGAACUCAUUUUUGUAGCCGAAACCCUCAAAUUUCUAGCAUUAAUUAAAUCCAUCUGAAUGGUCAGUGCUGGUGUGGUAUGUUACAGAUCCUUUCAAUAUUAGGAAUCGAUGAAAUUGAAAUUAAAGCCAUCCACUUCUGGAAAUUCAAAUGGAAUAUGCUAAUAUCAACUAGCUUUUUUUGUUUGUUUGUUUUAGACUUAAAAUUCCUGCAUAGUGCAUCUAUAAAUCCAUCCGUUGUGUCAUUAACACCACUAACAACUUUGCAUUUAUAUGUUGAAUUUCAGUGAAAUUCAAAAGUUGCGAUGGCCACCAACGUUUUUUAAUGGACAGUGAACGGCUUUGUUUUUUGUUUUUUUUUUGGUUUUUUUUCCAAUUCUAUAUGCUUUAUGAUAGACUACAAAAAAGCAAUUUUAAAAAAAACGAACAAAAAAAAAAAAAAUGCCACCGUUACAUAUAGAUCCAUUUGUGUCGUUCAUGUGUUAGCUGUUUAUGUGCAAUUUUUUUUUUUAAAGAAAACUAAGAAAAGCAAUAAAGUUCUUUUUUUAAAGCA